CCAUUGGCCGGCGCGGGGCCUCCGCAGCCAAUCGCGCGCGGGGAGGUGGUGGGGUCGAGCAAGAUGGAGGAGUACGCUCGCGAGCCCUGUCCCUGGAGGAUAGUGGAUGACUGUGGAGGGGCCUUCACCAUGGGGGCCAUAGGAGGGGGCAUUUUCCAGGCUAUCAAAGGCUUCCGAAAUUCCCCAGUGGGUGUAAACCACCGGCUGCGGGGCAGUUUGACGGCUAUUAAAACCAGAGCUCCACAACUGGGAGGGAGCUUUGCUGUCUGGGGAGGUCUCUUCUCCAUGAUUGACUGCAGUAUGGUCAGAAUGAGAGGGAAGGAAGAUCCCUGGAAUUCCAUCACGAGUGGAGCUCUGACUGGAGCCAUUUUAGCUGCAAGAAAUGGCCCUGUUGCUAUGGUUGGAUCUGCUGCAAUGGGAGGAAUUCUCUUGGCCCUGAUCGAAGGAGCUGGAAUUCUGCUGACUAGAUUUGCCUCCACACAAUUCCCAAAUGGCCCACAGUUGUCAGAGGAUCCAUCCCAGCUCCAGCCACCCCCAUUCAGCGACUACCGACAGUAUCAAUGAUGGUCUCCGACCACCUCCUCCCCCCCC